AUGCUCUUCAAUUUAUCGUUGCCGGAUGUGAGUGAAAGACGAAUCGGAAUGGAACUGCAGCAUUCAUUAAUAAAAGAAGUGGAAAAAGAAAAGAUAGCGUCGCCGAAUAUACCAAUCCAAGGAGCGAAUGCUGAACAAAAAUUACGGAAUCCUGUAUUUCCAAAAAAAAUAUGGAUGAAAAGACAUAUAAUGGAUCAGACGGAUGAAAAGCUGUGUGGUUAUUCGGAAUGCAACAAAACUUUCUCUCGAUCAUCCGAUUUGCAAAAAAAUUUGAUAAAUCGUACCGGUGAAAAGCCGUGCAGUUGUUCAGAAUGUGGAAAACGAUUCGCUCAUUUAUCGGCUUUUAAAACACAUAUGAGGAUUCAUACCGGUGAAAAGCCAUACAAUUGUUCAGGAUGUGGAAAACGUUUUUCUGAUUCAUCAGCUUUUAAAAAACAUAUGUUGACCCAUACCGGUGAAAAGCCGCACAAUUGUUCAGAAUGUGGAAAACGUUUCUCUGUUCCAUCGAUUUUAAAAAAACAUAUGAGGAUUCACACCGGUGAAAAGCCAUACAAUUGUUCUGAAUGUGGAAAACGUUUUUCUGAUUCAUCAGCUUUUAAAAGACACAUGUUGGCUCAUACCGGUGAGAAGCCGUACAAUUGUUCAGAAUGUGGAAAACGCUUCUCUGAUCCACCGGCUUUUAAGAGACAUAUGAGGACUCAUACCGAUGAAAAGCCGCGCAAUUGUUCAGAAUGUGGGAAACGUUUCUUUGAUUCAUCAAAUUUGCGAAUUCAUAUGUUGACCCAUACGGGUGAAAAGCCGCACGGUUGUCUCAAAUGCAAAAAAAAUUUCUCUCAAUUAUCAAAUUUAGAAAGACAUAUGAGGAUUCAUACCGGUGAAAAGCCGUACAAAUGCUCUGAAUGUGGAAAAUGUUUCUCUAAUUUAUCGAAUUUGAAAAAACACAUAUGGAUUCACACCGGUGAAAAGCCGCACGGUUGUUCCGUAUGCAAGAAAAGAUUUUCUCAAAAAAGUAUUUUGAAUGGGCACAUGAAAAUUCAUCGCGAAGAGAGUUCCUCGUCCAAUUGGAUUGCAUGCAACCAAAGCAAUUCAUUAUGA